AUGAAAGGUCAACACAAGUCCCGCUCUGGCUGUCAAGCUUGCAAGAGCAAAAGGCUCAAAUGCGAUGAAGCCAAACCGAAUUGUCGUAAUUGUAUUUCGAGAAAGAUUACUUGUCCUGGUUAUCAACAGACGCUCAAGUGGUCUACUAAAUAUGAGCGACGUAAAAGCAAUAACCAUGACCCGCCUGGUUUUGAUCAAUUGAUCUUUGCUGCCUCAGUCUCGGUCCAGGAUUCUCAGAGCAAACGAUCUUCGCAUACAAGUGUUUCUAUCGAAUUGUCGUCAGGUAUCUUGUCUACAGACGAUGAUGGUAUUGCAAGUCCUGUCGACACCCGAAAAGAGUUACUUGAAGCAAGCUCAACACCAGUCCCCAGUCAAGAAUUGAUACCUGUGAACAACAUGCCUCUCAUCCUACAAUCACGAUCGCCCAAGAGAAAGUCUGAGGAAACAGAAGAGCCUCACUGUAGACGACGCUCUUCAUUCCACAUAGCCACCGCACCAAACAACGCCAUCUCCGAACCAUCAUCCUUUCUCAUCGAGCUUUGGUUCAAAUCCGUAUGCGGUUCAUGGGCAGCCUACGAUUCAUCAAUAAAUCCCUUCCGCCGACUAGGUUCUUCCCUCUGGUCUUCAUCGCGACCACUAUUCUAUUCCCUCCAAAGCAUGGCCGCUGCCUCUAUAACGAAAAGACAACCCGAAAUCCAAGAAAUCGCUAUAUCAGCUCCACGUAUCGCAACAGAAGCCAUAAUACACGAACUCAGAAGCCUUUUCGACGCGCCUAAUUCUGUAACUACGGUUCCUCAUGCGCUGAUAAUAUCUCUCUUCUGUCUCAGCUCGUCGCUGUGCUGGAUGGACCAUAAACAGCUCGGGUUACAAUACCUGCGACAUGUUCGCAUGAUACUCUCGCUUCUUGAAAUGCGAUCCGAGUACCUAUCCAAACAAGACCGUAGUCUUGUAGGCUUUUUUAAAGAAUGCCUUAUCUACGAAGAGUCUGUUCGAAGCAUCGUGACUAGUACCAGGGAGGACAUCAGCACCCUCACGGAAUGGGCCCCGGCAAUGUAUCCUCCGUACGACUUUGUUCUUCAUCCCUGGACAGGUGUUCCGCCCAAGAUCAUCGCUCUGUUUGGAAAGUCCAUGUCUUUAUGUCGACAGUCGCGCGAUAUAUGGCGGAAUUGCACGGCGCCGACGUACGAAGUUAUGUGGCAGACGAUGUUUGACAUUAAUGAAGCUCAAACGUUGGAAGAGACCCUCUUGUCUGUUCGAGUUCCCAAGCUCAUCAGCGACGCCUCAGGAGGUUACACCAAUAAGGGCCAGAUCAAUUUGGAUCUACAUCACGCUGCUGAAAUCUAG